AUGAAAUUGAAUAACCCGGCCCUGGAUUUGAGCUCUGCAGCUUACGACGACUUUCAAGUGAGCAUGCCGAUCAUGGCAGAUCUCUUUAAGCUCAACUCCCUCACUCUACAUUAUGCCUAUUUCGUUCUAACGCCUAUGAUCGUCAGUGUCAUAUACUAUGCGACCCACAAAGAUGAUCUUCGCUACGUGGACGCGUUGUUCAUGUGUUUCAGUGCUGUGACAGGCACUGGAAUAGAUGUUGUAGAUGUGUCAAGUCAAAAUUCGAUCCAACAAGGCCUGCUUUUUGCACUCAUCAUCAUGGGCCAUGCCAUCCCAAUUUGUGGUGUGCUGUCCCUGAGACGGGCCUGGUCGCUUCGUGCUGCGUUGAGGGAUGACACCUGCAACAACGACAUGCGCUGCAUUAUUGAUGCGGAUAAAGAGAAGGUGACCACAGCAGUCAAGGAAUUACCACCUUGUUUACCAUCUCCAACCGAAUCCGAAACGGCACAAGAAGACUACGGGUUCAUCACCAUCGUUGAAACAACACAUGACGAAUCUGCCAAGGAAGUGAGCCCAAAAACCGUCGCUGGCCAGAAGAACCCUUCAUCUAGCGCUCAAAGCUACAUACUUCGAGUCCCCGCAAGCCUGAGGGCAAUGACACAAUCGGUGGGGGAACAUGUGAAACAACAGAGAUCAAUCGACUAUAACCAGACUGGUGGGGUCGAGUGUCUCUCUGUUACCCUGAUAUCAAUCCUUGUCAUCGUAUACUUUCUUGGCUUCCUCUGUUUGGGUAUCGUGGGAAUUGGAGUCUGGUCGCAUGUUUUUCGUCCUGAUAUUGCUCAUGCUGGCGGUGUUUCUGCAUUCUGGGGAGGCUCUUUCCUGGCCGUGUCUGCAUUGUGCAAUAACGGAAUGUCGCUCAUCACAACCAACAUGGGCCCAUUUCAACGAGAGGCCUUUCCACUUCUUACUGCCGGAUUCCUGGUUCUCGCUGGUAACACGCUUUUUCCAUGCCUGCUGCGACUAUUGGUCUGGGUCAUCAGAAAAUUUAUCCCAAGACACCCUGAAUGGAACCUUUGGAGACAAGUCCUUGAUCAUACCCUCGACCAAUCACAAAGUGUAUGCGAUUAUUUGUAUCCCUCCUGGCAUACUUGGUUUCUUUUAGGAACUGUGAUAGUUCUGAAUUGUAUCAUGUGGAUCGCAUUUGAGCUUUCUGCUAUCCACAACGAAGAAAUCGGCUCGCUUCCUCCCGGAUACCGCAUUUUGGACGGACUUUUCCAGGCACUGUCUGUACGCGGGGGUGGAUUCUCAGUCGUCCCCUUUGAUCAACUGGGCCAAGGGUUACUGAUUCUUUAUGGUCUGAUGAUGUAUCUCUCUGCAUUUCCAGUGUCAACUACUAUCAGCAACCUCGAAUCCUUUCGAAAGUCUUUUUCAGCAUCUCCCAAUGGAGAUGAUUUCAACUACGCGGCCGAUAAGAGCAAUCCACACCUCUCGCAAUUUGCCCGCGCGCGAUUUGUGUACCAGCAACUUCGCUCCCAAUUCGAUAACGACAUGUGGUGGCUUUGCCUCGCCAUCCUCCUCAUCACUGUCACCGAAUCUAACAAUUACAAGGCCCAUCCCUUGUCCUUCUCCACCUUCAACAUCAUCUUCGAGGUGAUAUCUGCCUAUAGCUGCGUCGGUGAAACCAUGGGCUUUCCCGGAAAAAGCUAUGCCUUCUCUGGUGAGUGGCAUACAUUCAGCAAAUUGCUUCUGAUCGCAGUCUCCCUGCGGGGAAAGAUUCGCAGUAUGCCCCUCAAACUUGAAAGCAUCGACAGCCAUCAAAAGAAUAUGCUUGACGACCUGAAAUGCAAGAAUUGA